AUGUCAACCGAGAACGAAACUGUUCCGCUAAACUGUUCCCAACGGUAUGCACUCAACCAGACUGAUCUGGAUCCGGUCUCUAUCAAUGCCCGAUAUCAGACAUGCGAAUUCUUGGCCGUAUUCGUACCGAACAUUCUCACCCUGGUCCGAUGUCUGAUGCUGAUCUGGCUCAUUACUGGUCUGUUUGGAAACACACUUUCCCUGGUUAUCUGGACCACAAAACAUCAGCGUCGUAAAAACACAUCCGCAAUCUAUCUCAGUGCACUGGCUGCCACAGAUCUAACCCUUAUUCUAUGCUUGUUAAAUUAUCAUUUGGAACGUUACUGGUGCGUUCGUGGAAUUACGUCGUUUCCCGGAUUGUGUCAAAUCUAUCAGUGCUUGAGUAUAUUCUCCCAGUACUAUUCCACCGCCUUAGUAUUUGGAUUCACUCUGGAGCGUUAUUUGGCAGUGUGUUUUCCAUUCAAACGACACAAAUUAUGUACUCCAAAACGAGCGCUGAUUGCCGUCCUUUGUCUACUCGUCGUUUGUUGUGUUCCUAUGUUAUUCCAAGCUGCCCUGUGGACCUUUGAGGACGGCGAGUGCACAAUGCGUACCAGUAUGAUACAAGACAAUCGUGUCACGGAAACUCUGGCUGCUCAGGAGGUCAUAUUCUCGCUGAUCAUACCCUUGGCAGCCCUGAUAUUUAAUAUUCUUGUACUGUUCGAAAUGCGUCGCCUUAUCCAUUCCCGAGCGGUUCCGUCACAUUCAAUCUCAGGCAGGAACGGGACUACACAAUCAAAAGGCAGUUUAAAACUGCGCAAGUCCAGCUCGUACAGUGUUGCAUCUGUCGGAUCUGGACAGACCAAUCCGAACACACCAGAUUCAAAAUCCCGUGAAUCGUCCAGUUUCACCGCAACCACAAUCAUGUUGGUGAUCCUGUCAUUCUAUCUGAUCGCGUGUGCCGUGCCUCCUGGGAUUGUGUACCUGACACAAUUCUAUUUACCGGUUCCGGAUGAAUGUUUGACCGCAGAAGCAGCUCUAUGUGAUCCGAUGUGGCAACAGAUUAUCAACCAGACUACUGUGAAAGAAAUCAUCGAUGUGCUGUGUGCCUCACAUUAUGCUUUGAACUUUUUCAUCUACAUUCUAACGUACAAAGGAUUUCGUGAACAUGCUGUGUGGAUUCUUACAUGCAGAGUUUCUAAACUACGACGGUUAUAUCGACACAAGCAAGACAAACUAUUUUUACCACGUCGAACCGCUCCGAGACUGGCCAGUAUGCUGACAACGUCGACAAACGAUGAGGAUAAACAAUUGUUCCAAUCGAAUCACAGAUCUUCAGUUAAUAGACAAACAAAUUCGAUAAGCUGA